AUGUCCUCUACUCCUUGUCAGACGUGUGUGGUGCGGGCCUGGGACACCAGCCGUCCUCUGCUCUUCUGUCCGGCGAUGAACACUGCUAUGUGGCAUCACCCCAUCACCUCCCGCCAGGUGGACAGCCUUAAACAGUUUGGCUACGUUGAGAUCCCCUGUAUCGCCAAGAAACUGGUCUGUGGAGACCAAGGUAAAGGGGCCAUGGCAGAGGUGUCAACGAUAGUAGAUGUUGUGAAACAGUUCAUCCAGAGAGCGGCUGAGUCUCCUCUGGACAUAGAGGAGCAGGCCAGGGGCUGUGAAUAAUAAUGAGCCACAGACGACCAAGAAUCUGCAGAUAGACCCCUAGACCCACGUGGAGAUCUGAGAGGAUGUGAUUGGAAGGUGAAACUUCCACCUAGCCUAUCAGAGGGUGGCUCAUUACCAUAAUCACCUGUCAAAUCUUCUCAAAUCUCCCUCAACAAGUGCGUAGGGUCAAGGGGGUCCAUUUGGGAUGAAGAUUGCUGCAGUUAUUUCUGAUGUAAUCAUUUGAAUGAAAUGAACUGAUUAAUUGCAUUGAAGCCAAAUGUUAAAAAGAGACGGAGUUUGUAAUAAAUGUUUGUAUUUUA